AUGCACAGCAGUUACCGAAUCAGGAGAAAAAUGAUUGUGCGGCCCUCCGCCUCUAAGAGGAGCGAGCAGUCACAGAAGAUCAAGAAGGUGGUGAAGCAGGCCUCAGAUGGUCCCCUCAAAGGCAUCCUGGGCUACACUGAGGACCAGGUUGUGUCUUGUGACUUCAACAGUGACAGCCACUCUUCCACCUUUGAUGCUGGGGCUGGCAUUGCCCUGAAUGAUCACUUUGUGAAGCUCAUUUCCUGGUAUGACAACGAGUUCGGCUACAGCAACAGGGUGGUGGACCUCAUGGUCCACAUGGCCUCCAAGGAGUAAGUGGCCCCCACCACCACAGCCCAGUGAGACCAGA